AUGUUUUUUGACUUAUACGGUGUUCCACGUUUAAAUUUACAUAAGAAACGGUAUGGUAGUUAUGGUUCUAUUCAUGGUUGGUAUGGUAAUUAUAAAUUUGUUAAUAAGAAGCCAUAUACUUAUCAACGUGUAUAUGAUAGAAGUCCAAGUAAUAAGAGGAAUGAAUUUGAUAAAAGGUAUAACAGAGAUUAUGAUAAGAGGUAUGAAGAGACCAAACCUAGAAGGCCCGAUAGUAAUAGACCUCAGCGUCCAACUAAUAAGAGACCUACACAAGAUAGAAGACCUUCUCAAAAGGAUAAACCUGGUAAUCGUCCUGAAAAUAAACGACCUGUACAAGAUAGAAAGCCUACUAAUCCAAAUCGACAACCUGUUGAUCAAAAGAAGCCUAGACAGCCUACUCGACCUGAACAAGGAAAGCCUACUAAUCCUAAUAAUAAUCCUACACAGAAACCAUCUAAGAUUGAUGACAAGUAUGAUCCAGAUUUAGGUAAGAUUGUUGAUAAAAAAAUAAAAGAGAUAGAAGAUAGAACUGAUAGUUUGUUUGAUAAGGGAAGUUCUAGUAAGGAGAAGGAUAGUUGGUGGAAAGAUGUUAAGGAUAGUAUUGGUGAUCGUGUUAAGGAUAUUUCUGAACGUUUCCCUAAAGAUUUGAAAGAUGUCAUUAAGAAUAAUCCUGCAGCUAAAUUGGAUGCAUCUUUAAUUAGGGCUAUGUUUGAUAAAGGUAUUAAAGUUGGUGGUAGUUUGUUAGGAACCGCUCUUACUGCUGCUGCUGGUGAAGGAGGAAAAGAUUUGUAUAAAGGUGUUAAGGAUCGUUUAAAUCGUGAUAAUGUUCCUACUAGAAAGAAUACUACACAAGAUAAUAUUAAAUAUAUGCGUGAAAAGUAUAUUAAAGGUAAUAAUGUUAAGAAUGAUGAUUUAGAUGCUAUUAAGCAAAUGUUACUUGAUGAUCCUUCAUUGGUUAAGGAUUAUGUUCAUGUUAUUUUUACUGAACAAGAGUUAGGUAAGUUGUAUGAAGAUGAUCGUGAUUAUGGUAGUAUUCCUCUUCCAACUGUUAUACGAGAUGAAUUACAUUUUGUUCCUGCUAGAGUUCUUAAGAAAGAUGGUGAAAGAUAUUAUGCUCCCGAUUAUUAUGUUAAUGAUAGUAAAGGUAUUGUUAUUGAUCCUAAAUAUCAAAAUCAGCUUUUAAAGAAUGGUAAUGAAUUUGAAUUGUUUCCCGAAUCUUUGGGUGAAUUACUUCCUGAUGAUCUUCAAGAGUAUAAUGCUCGUCGUCUUACUUUUAUUUAUGAACAAUUACCUGAUGAAUUAAGGCGUCAUAUUCGAACUGAUUUUACUAUUGAUCAUGCUGCUGCUUAUCGUUAUGCUAAAUUAUUGAAUAUUCAACUUCCUAGGGAAUUACUUACUGGUAGUAAUGAUGAUUAUUAUCAUAAAAUUAAUUAUGGUAUGCGUACUCAUGAACGUUUUGGUAGUGGUCGUAGAUGGUUUGAAUCUAGUGACUUUGAGAAGAAGAGUAAUCUUAUUGAAUAUAUGAGAAAUCAUUAUAUGUGGAAUCGUGAUGGUGGUGAUAGAUUGGUUUAUCCCGAUGAUCCUAAUCGCAGUGGAUUUAAUUAUCUUAAGGGUCUCGGUAGUUCUGAAAAUGAAGAUGAAUGGGGCAGUGUUUUAUUGAAAAUUAGUCCAACAGAUCCUGAUACUUUUAAAGUGUAUACGCGACCUGAUGGACGUAAAGUUUUUGUAGAAAAUAAACAAAACGAAAAUCAUAUUUACAAUUUGAAAUAA